AUGUCAUAUGAAAUUAAAAAGAAAAAGAAGAAAAAGAAAAAAAAAGAUAUUGAGGAUCCAUUCAAAGAUAUAGAUGAUAAAAUGAAUAUGAAACCUAUAAUAGCAGAAACGAUACCACCAGCUUUUGACCCAGAAGUUAAUAUUAAAGUUGAAAAAAUUGAAGUUGAAUUAGAUUUUCAUGAUUUUACUGAUAAUACAGGCCUUAUGUUAGAAGGGCCGGAAAGUGAGGACAGCCAGGAGCCAGCUGUAAAAAUUGAGAAUCAAAACCAUGAAGCUGUCUUGCUUACUUUUGAAAGUGUUAUCAAUCCGAAAAGAAUGUUGCCUAAAAAGGAAGAGCUAGAUAUCGUACCUAAAGCAGAACACUUUUGCAAGAUAUGUCAUCUGGUCUUCCAAUCAACAAAAACACUAAGAAUGCACCAGAAAAGAAAACACAAAGUGUUUAGAAAGUCAUUCAAACAUAUUUGCGAUAACUGCGGUAUGUCCUAUGAAACAAAAAACAGUUUAGUUGCACACAUUAAACGUAAACAUGGGCCAGAUUCAUUGCCUGAUGAUAAAGAAGAAAGAACUUGUGAGAUAUGUGCAUUAGUGUUUAAAGGCAUGGCCAGGUUACGUAUGCACAUGAGACGGAAGCAUGGAUCUUUCCAGGACUCCUUCCAACAUGUAUGUCAGGACUGUGGUCUGACUUAUGAUAAAUAUAGAAGUUUAAUAGUUCAUAUACAACGUAAGCAUUCAAAUCAAACGACGCCAGAGAUAAGUCAGUGGUACAAUUGUAUGUUUUGUCAGAAGAUGUUCAAUAAAAGAGAAACGUAUGCAAGACAUGUACAAAGGAAACAUAGAAUUGCUGACGAUAAUAUAAAGCAAGAGAAUCUUGGUGAAAACUUAGAAGGCGAUCUCGAAAGUUGUAAAAAUGAGCAAACAGGAGAAAUCACUUGCAAGGAAUGCCCUCUAGUGUUUUCUUCAAUGAAUUUCCUAAAACUACAUAUGCGAAGAAAACAUAAUGCUUUGAAAGAAAACUUCAGAUUGAAAUGUAGGAUCUGUAACCUAUCUUAUGAUAAGAUUGAAAGUCUUAAACGACACGUGAGACGGAAACAUGAUAAAGGCUCACAUUGCGAAGUGUGCAAUAAACAAUUUGAUUCCAGAGAAAUGUAUUUAAAUCACUCCCACACAAAAAUUAUCAAAGAGUGCACAAUUUGUGGACUCAUCUUUGCUUCUCAAGGGGGUUUAGCAAAACAUUUAAGGUGUACACACAAAAUAGACACACCAAAAACAGUCUUUUGUAACUUAUGCAAUGAAGGGUUUCAUGACAAACGGCAGUUGAAACCACAUCUCAUGAAAGUGCAUUUAAAAGUUUCUUAUACAUGUAUGCACUGCAAAAAAGUUUUUAAAGCAAAGGAGAGUUAUCGACGACAUAUCCUGUUCAAACACCCUACUCCGAACUAUGUUAACACACAGCUGCAGAAAUGUGAGCAAUGUUCUGAAAUGUUUAAGGAUGAAUUUGAACUUUGCAAACAUAUAAACAUAGCCCACAGACAUACAGAUGAGAGUAUGACAGAAGAUGGCAUGCAUAUAAAAAGGGAAGAUGAAGAUAUCAAGAACAAUUUCCAGUGCACCAAGUGUCCUGAGAUAUAUUUAACUUGGGAUGAAUUAAAACUGCACUAUGAACAAUGUCACCACAAUAUUCAACAAACUCAAUGUCAAAUUUGUGGAGAAAUAAUGCAAGGCAAUGAACUGGAAAAGCAUAUAAAAGCAUUACAUACAAAUAAUGAGAAGCAGUGUAAAUACUGUGAAUUUAAAACAAAUAUUAAAAUAAGUUUAACACAGCACAUGCUGAGACACAAGAAUGCAGCAACGAUACGUUGCGAGUACCCAGGUUGUCGGUAUAAGACGUUUUAUGAAGGUGCUAUGGAGAAGCAUAGACGAAAGCAUCUUGAUCAGGGAGUCAAACUCCAAUGUGCGCAAUGUCCUUUCCAAACUAUGAAUAAAUAUAUUUUAAAAUAUCAUGAGGAAGCACAUGAAACUGGUAAAAAGAGGUAUUCAUGUGACCAGUGUGAUUAUGCUACAAUUCUGCCGGCAAAUUUAGUGCAACAUAAGUAUAAACAUUCUACAGAGAAGCGGUUCAAAUGCGACGUGUGCUCCUUUGCAACUAAGUACAAUACGUCAUUAAGGUUUCAUGUUAGGAAAAAGCACUGUGAUCUCCCAACAUUCAGCUAA